CAGACGAUGAGGCCGUUAACAACGAGAAGAAUCCACAUCCUCCCGGACUUGGAUGUGAGAAAGACAUAGGAGAUGGAGACCUUCACCCAUCUUUAAACGAAUCCGACGAUCUUGGGAGUCAAGCCAAGAUGUGACUUACGGUGCAUCAUAGACAGGAUUCGUCCAGAAUUUCCAGCACCAGUUUCUAUAGCAACAGAAGUAUCUGACAGUUUUAAAUAGUCCCAUUCCCACGAUGCAGUCGUCCUCCCAGACUCCAAAGCCGCGGCGUUUCGACGCCAGCAGGCGGACCGCUAACUCAGCUGGGCCCAAGCUUCGUGGCUCUAGUCUUCAGAAGGAGGAUAAAAACAUGAACACAAUCACCACCCCGUCCCCAAGGCGGGCUGUUAAAGCCCCUGCUGCUUCCUCCAGGAGCAGGACGGCUGCACAGCCACGAGCUCCAAUAAUCCAGUCCAGACCGAGCUCUCAGAAACAAGGUCCCACUGCUUCCAGAUUGGCCAAGCCCAAACUGAAGAGCACUCGGCCAUCUGCGGCGACCCGGAACACGCCAGAGGUGGCUGCCCCUCCGCUGCCUCUCCCCUCCGUCCUCCCUCUGGAUCCAAACUGCAACGAGCCAAGCCUCCCUUGCCUGUGCUGCGAUGGGCGCUCCCCUCAGGACAACAACAGCAUGUUCAACCAUAACCACAACAACAACAACACCGUCUCCAUCAGGCAGCAGCUGCAGCUACCUCCUCCUCCUCCUUCUGUGGUUCAGUUGGCCCACAAGCGUGAUGGGACGAAAGCCAAAGAGUCGGUUCCCUCGCAUGCGGAGCCCUCUGCCCAAUCUGCUGCCAAUCUGGGAAACGAUGUAAAGAACGCAGAUGAAAAUGCAGACGUGGACAACAAGAAAACUGUAAAUGAAGACGAUGAGGAGGAAAUGAGCAGCAGAGAUACUGCUAUCGAUGAUGAUGAGGACAAUGAGACAGAUAGUGAUGAUGACGAUGAUGACACCCUGGUGCCGUCAUGCUGUGACUGCCCCCCAUCCCUCUUGGAAUUCUCACUCUCCUCUUCCACUUCAUCAUCCUCCACUUCCAUCAGCUCCUGCUCUGACCUGGAGUCCGACUGUGCCGAUCAGUGCGCUUCCAUGUGCUUCUCACAGGACCAGGACCAUUUGUCUGCUGCUUUGAACCCCAAAGACCAAUUCCCUGAGUUCAAACAUUCCUCAUCUCUUCCGCUUAACAAAAAUCCUUUCUCCCUAACCUCCUGUUCCCCAGUUGCCUCUUGCUCCCCUGAUGAGGGAUACCCCUCUGCGCUUGACUCCCCUUCUCCUGACUACUUAGGGGUAAAAGGCGACUCUGAUCCUAACAAACUAGAUUUACUUGACUUCCUAGAGUCUGUAGGGGAGUUUGGGAAAAUGGAGCGCUUCAGCCAGGUUAUCCAAGUUGCUCGCUGGGAUCUGGAAGGGGAGCAACACUGGGAUGUACUGAGGGAUCGCCUAGAUCACCUAGAUCGUUUGGAAAAAGUGAACAGGGAAGUGAAGUUGGCUUACAUUGCCAGACUUCACGAGAAGGGAUUUGAUCUGGAGGAUCUGGAGGAGCAGGACCUCUCAGAUAUUAUGGAUGAAAUGGGGAACAUCGACAUUCCCUGGAAGUUGUAUAAAACCCGCGAUGGAACAAUGGGGGAGUCUCAGGAGUUUUCAGAUGCCGGAGUUGAUCUCACCGCUCCGUCAGACUGUGAAGAUCCCCUUGCUCCAGACUCCCUCACCCCUUCCCCCAUUGAGCCGCCACCCAGACCCCCCAAACCUCCUGCCCGUCAUGCCAGCGUGAGCUCUGAUCUCCACACCUACAUCAACAUCAGCAGAGAGACCACCUCCAUGGCCGUCGCAACCUCCCCCACCUUGUCGACUUUCUCCCCCAACUCCUCUUCGCCCACAUUCUCAACAUUUCGAUGUGAGAAGCCCCUCCCUCCAUCUCCGCCAUCCAUCCCUCCUCUCCCUCUCACCAAACCAGUUCCCUACCUCACCCUCUAUACCACUCCUUCCCCACCUCCGUCCAUUCCCACUCCAACCCCACCCAUCCCUCCACCUCGAAAGCGACACCUUGCCAGGAAGGAGGCCCAGCGCCUCGCUGCUCUUCAAGCUGAACAGGAAAGAACUCCCCUCUCUCUGCCACCACCCACCACACGCCCUCCACCAUUGCCUCCUCCACCUGUCAUCUCAGUGUCUUGCUCCUUCUCACCCCCCGCCAUACCACCACCACCUGCCCUGCCCCCUCCGCCCUCCUUCCACACAUUGGACGUGGAGAUCCGGAAGCUGCUCAUGCUUGCCGGACUGACCCAAGCCGAGCUCCUCAAGCUCAGCCCUGAGCUCAGUGUCUGCGUUGGGGAGCUGGGCGAUGAGGAGGAAGCAGAUAAUCACUUUACAUCCAGACCUCUGGAGUCCAGAGAGUUCAGAUUACAAGACAGGGAGGCAGAGAAGGAAAACAACACAGGCAAAGUGGGUGGAGAUGGAAAAGCAUCUGAGGACGGCAAUAAGGAGGGGGAAAGCAAAGACAGACAAAGGACCACCUCCUUCACUGAAAUUGCAAGAAGAAGAAAGAAGAAUACUGCUUUGGUGACAGAUCAUUACUACAGCACAAGUUUUAAUAAUCUGCAUGAAGCAACAGUAAAGACUUUCUCUUAUUCAAAUGAGCUACCAGAUUCUCCUCCGCCUCCUCCACCUCCUCGUCCUUUGCCUCCCAUCCCACCUUCUUUAGCGCCCCUCAAAGUCAGCACUUUGCCUGCUAACUCUGAGCAACCUGAGCGCUUUGAUUGGCUUAUAGCUUUCACACCCGAAUGUGAAGCCCCACCACAGCUCCCAGUACUGGAGAAGAGAAAAUCCGCCACUGAAGUCCCAAAGAAGCUCGGUUCAUCAGGCUCAUCUCCAGGCUCUGGUCCAAAGGUGACUACGUUUAAAGAGCUUCGUUUCCGCAACAAGAGCACCUCCCCUCCCACAAAGGUGAUCACCGAUCCCGACCCCGACCCCACUGUCAUCACCCCCGACCCAGAUAUACUCUACAACUUGAGGUGGAGGAGGGAGAAGGCUGGUAGUGACGGCAGCCAGUGGGAGUACACUUCACAGGCCCAGGCCCUGUUCAUGCAGCCGCCCCCAGCCCUCACCUCCAUGGCCGCCCUGAAGGAGAUGCUGCAGAGAGCUGACAAGGAGGGUGGACAGCUGGAGUUGUGCCUGUCGCAGAAGAUCGGCUGCUCAGUCAGUGACAGCAGCCUGUGGAAUGUAGGCCAAGACAGGGAGAUGAGGGAAGAGAUGAAGGAAAGGAAGCUAGAGAAAGGAAAAGAGGAAGUGGAGGUGAGAGGCCGGGCUGAUGGAGGGAGAACUUUUGAAUCGAGAACUUCUGUUUCCUCACCCCCGCUGUCCCUUGCCCGGUCCCCUCAACCCUACUUCCUGCACUCCGCCCUCCCUCCCCUCCACCCAGACCCCCAUAACUCGCAGCUCCUCGCAGGUCGGUGGUCCUCCGACAAACAGGCCAGCGAACAGUGGAGUCCUGCUGCUGCAGGCUCAGCUUAUAUCCGCAGAGACGACUCCAGCUCUCUUGUAGGCUCUGGAUUUGAUGAUUCCCUGGCUGAUUUCCGUGCAGACUCUCCUCAUUACUACAGAGACAUUUUCAGCGAAAACACACAUUCAGCUUAUAAGUACGUCAGCGAUUCCAAAACCAACACGGGGGAGGUUGAGUCGAAGUGUAAUUUUGACUCACUCUACGGCAGCGAUUCGGAGAAGCGAGGCGACACCCACGCCUCGCUUAGUGGCACCUCCGGACCGCAAGGCUGCACCACUCCAUAUAAGAACAUAGAUGUUAUGAUGAGUUACCCAGACAGCUUCGGUGCUGUGGAUUCGCUGUAUUCAGAGAGGCGCUGCCGUGCAGACGAUAGCAUUAAGGCCAGAAUGUCCAAAGAGCUUCCUCCCCUCCCCACAUGCUACCUGUACCACCCUAAAAACUGCCCGCUCCACCGGGGCGCCCCUCCACGCCUCUCCCCCAUCGGCGCUCUCUCCCCUCCCCAGCGCUCUGGAGCUCUCCCGCUCUCUCGCCUCAACUCCCCGCUCUUCCCCCGUUCACACACCCUACCUGCCCUCGUUGCUCCCCUUUACUACCCCAACCUCUACCCUCCCAUCCCACCCAGGGCGCCCCCGCUACCCCCUAAACUCUACCAGGGUCCUCUGCAGCCACAUGUGGCGACCGUCCGCAGCGUCUCGUUUGCCGGCUCCGUACAGAAGAUAGACGUUCCCUGGAUGGGCGAGGAUGUGGAGCAUUCAGUGAGGGGUCUCGGCCUUACUUCUCUGUGCAUGCAGGAAAAGAAAGCUCUGGUCAGUGGAGUCGGUGCUGCAGUGGAGGCCAUCUUGGCUCAGUUCAGUUCUUCUCGGACCAUAGUCCAGAAGGCUUUAUCAGGAGACAGCGCCAUAAAUCCAUCUCUUGGCCGUCUGGUGCUGCAGUGCCUCUGCCCCGCCCUGCACAAUUUGCUGACCGACGGCUUGAAGCCUCACCAGAGUGAUCUGAUCGCAGGCCGAAGGCCAAACUCGGCCUGGAGCCUGGUGCAGGCCACAACGAGGACAGGUCCCAAAACUCAAGCCUUAUUUAACCUACAAAUCCGGGUUGGCGAGCUGCCGCAGCUGAGGCACAGCAAGCAGAGGUUCAAUGCAUUCCUCCUUGGUCUGCUAAACAUCAAGCUUCUAGAUUUCUGGCUGUCUCAUCUUCAGUCUUGCGGCGAUGUGCUGGAGGCAUAUUACCACCCUACUUCCUUUAUGCGUCUGUCACUGACCACCUGCUGGCCUCUUUUUGAGGAGCUGCUCCUCGUGCUGCAGCCCCUCAGCCUGCUCACCUUUAACCUCGACCUGCUCUUCCAGCACCAUCACCUGGAGGCGGAUUCUCACCGGCUUGAGAUGCCCAGAUCUCCCCACCAGGAGGCCGGGCUCCAGACUUCCCCGCAGGGCCAACAGAAAUCCCCAGCUGGCAGAUACAUGGAGAGCCUCUCGGAAGUGGACUUUGGAAGCCCAGAACGUUCACCAAAUACUUCACUGAUUUUAAACAAUGGCGGAUCAGGGUCAUCAACAAGUACAGAUUCUGAACCUGUGAAGGCUUCGCCUAGUUUUGGGCAAACAACUCCACAGCUGCUGUGGGUGCAGGAAAAGGAAAUCGAAACUUUACCUCUUUCUAAUUUAGAUGAAGAUAGUUUUACCCAGCAAGCAGGACAGGUGAUCCAGCAGAGCUGGGGAGCUGUGAUACGCUGGGGAGGUCGGCUGAGCCAGAACCUGGCCGACUUUAGCCUGUCUGCCGUGAAAAAGGAGACGAACACCAACAGUCCUGGUUUCCAGGACCAGACGGGAAGUGACUAUUCCCCCGUCAACGGCGCUCAGGUUCCCUGGAGUCUGGGCCGACUUUUCGGAGCCUCCAAAAGCCCUACGGGUCACACACCACCAACCAGGCGUCCCUCUCAGUGGUUAGCUCCCGGUGUCACGGCUCUGACCCGGAUGGUGAGCAGCAGUUCCACCCCAACGCUACAAGGAACCACUGAACUUCAGGAAGGAAGAGACGUGGAAUCAGAGAAAAAGACGGACGCCACAGAAAUGAAAGAAAAACCCAGACAAUUCAGGUCCGUUCGAAUGCUGUGCGACCACGCCGGAACCGGCGCCGAGCUCAGCUUCUGCAAAGGCGAAGAGCUGGUGGUGCUGGGAGGCGUCGAUCAGGACUGGAUUCGAUGUCGUCAGGGAGACAAGGAGGGGCUGGUACCUAUUGGCUACACCUCGCUCAUCAUGUGACGUCGGCGCUGUAACCUCUGCACUAAAAUCCAUAUUAUAUUAAAUAAAUAUAUAUAAAAAUAUAUACAUAUUAAAGAUAUUUUAAGUGAGUCUGGAGGGUUUAUGGGAAGGUCGCACUACUCUGAAAGGGAUAUUUUACGUGGGUUUGAGUUGAGAGCGUGACGCCAUCUGCUCCGCUCUGCUUUCAUCUCGAGUAUUCUCCAGUCCUCUCCUGUUGUGAACAUAUGGGGCUUUUUUUCCCAUUAAAGCUCAUCCUGUUUGGUAGCUAAUGAGUUUAAGUAGCAGGAACACAGCAGAUGGCGUGAAGUAAUGACUCAACUCAAAUUCAAACCAUUAUAAUAUUUAAGUGAAGUGUCCCUUUUAAUGCUUUUCUUCCAUUCCUGCACUCCACGUCAGCUGCUGAUCUGAAACCCGACGGCGGGGGGAGACCCUGUCCAGUUAACGUGUUAAAGUCGACAUCUUUUAACUGCUUCAGCGCUGCAGCCGGUGGGUCAUUGAGUGAAGAAAGGAUGCUAGAGUACUGCGCCGCAGCUCCUGUUUGCAUACUGCGUGUCAAUGUGGUGAAUUGUAGCUGUGUAGGUCCGUGUUCCCUUAACAACCUCUCUCAUCUCUGGCCCGGUUUGUGUGUGUUUCUGCGAUUCUAGUAGACUGUAUAAUUAUAUAUAUAUAUAUAUAUAUAUAUAUAUAUAUAUAUAAAUUAUAAUAAAUCCAUGUGUAUAACUAUAUUAACUGAGGGGAAUUUUACCAAGGCAGAUAGAUUACCAAGAGGGGGAAAAAAUAAGUGAAACAGUAAAGACUGUGACAUUAUUGUGAGUUUGACUGAUGGGAAUGGAUUGAUCCAUCUUUAGACGUGCAACUCGCCUCAUGCAUUAAGUAGAUAUCCUGCAAAGUAAAUUCUAUGUUUUAAUUAUAAGAUCCAGCAUCUUCCUUUAUGCGUGCUUUUUGUGUUGCAAAUUUUUCGCCAUACAUUAAGGUGCAAAAGAUUGUUUUCAAAGCACUACAUCUUUAAAUUUUGCUUCAGCUGAGCCAGACUUUAUUGUAAUCUCUUAGAGUUUUCUUGGUCGGUUUUUCUCUGGGUUUUCGAGGUUUUUUAUUUUUAUUUUUUUUUAGGUGAUCUUUGAAUUUUGCAUGCUUUUUCACUCAAUAUCUGUCCACCAUUUCAACUGAUAAUUCCUUCUUUUUUUUUUCUUUUUCUUUUUUUUUGUCAAAGCACUUUCAGUACAGUGCCUUGCAAAAAAAGACAAUGUUUUGGAGACCUAAACGUGAUCCUGGGUUCUACGGUUGAGAUUUUUGCAAAUUCUUUUUGGCAAAAUCACUCAAGCUCAAACUUUUUCGACGGAUUUAGACUGUAAUUGUCCAUUUUCAAGUCUUGCGACAGAUUCUCAAUUGAAUCUUGGUCUGGGCUUUGACUGGGCCAUCAUAGCAUAAAUGUUUUUCGCUCCAGACAGGUUUUCCUCCAGCUAUUUUCCCAUCAACACAGAAAAGCAUUACCACAGCAUGAUGCUGCCACUGCUGCGCGUCAGUGUUGGAGUGGUGUAUUCAGAAUGAUGCGCAGUACCACAAAUUGUGUUUUGCAUGUAGGUUAAAAAGUAAAAUUUGGUCUCUUCCAAAUGCCGUAUAUACACACAUUUUUCAGUUAGAUUCUGUAGUCAGCUACAAGGUUGGGACAGAAAAAUUUGCAAGAAACAAAAAAAGCAGCCAAGGUCCAAAGAAAACUUCUGAAAGUCUGAAGAACUACUAAUAAGGACAACUUUUUAAAAAAAAUUACAGGAAAGUCUGGCUCCUUGGAAGGCAAGCGUAAAGGAAACAAGGGAUGACUCGAGGCUUUUGCAGUACUGUAAUUUUCUGAAAAAUGAUUACGUAUAGCUCAUAAAGUUUAACACUGAAUGCAUUUUAGUAUAAGCAUGAAUGCUUUGAAUGAAUGACACAUUGGUAUAACCCUCCCAGUGGUGAAAUAUGAGACAAAGCAAUCUGUAGCUCAUCUUGUGGUUUGAGAAACAACCUCACAAAAACAUCUUCAGCUCUUGUGUAACACUAUCUGAAAUAAAAUAUGAAUGCAGCGAGAGGGGGG